AACAAGGCGAGAACCAUGAGCCGCGUGGGGUUCCUGGGCUUGAUCCGGGACGUGCCCAGUUACUCGGGAUUUCUUACCGUGAACCCAGACUUGGGCAGCAACAUCUUCUUCUGGUUCUUCCCUGCCAUGGAAAAUCCCAAGACCGCUCCCGUGCUGCUCUGGUUGCAGGGUGGACCCGGCAGCUCUUCCAUGCUCGGCCUGUUCGUGGAAAACGGGCCGUACCUUGUCGACAAGGGAGGAAACCUCCAAUUGCGGAAGGUCACGUGGGCGCGGCGCUAUUCCAUGCUCUACGUGGACAACCCGGUGGGCGUGGGCUUCAGCUUCACGCAGCAGGACCGGGGCUACGCCCACAACGAGAGCGAUGUAGGCCGGGAUCUCUUCGAGGCGCUGCAGCAGUUCUUCACGCUCUUCCCCGAAUACGUCGGCAACGACUUCUACGCCACCGGGGAGUCCUACGCAGGCAAGUACGUUCCCGCCAUUGGACACGCCAUCGACACUGCCGUCCAGCCACGGGUCAAGAUCAACCUCAAGGGAAUCGCCGUUGGCAACGGCUUUGUCGACCCCGUAACGAUGCUGGACUACGCAGACUACCUGUACGGAAUCAGUCUGGUGGACAGGAAGCAGGCAGCCGUCAUACGGCAGAAGACCGACGCCGCCAUCGGCCUGAUCAAGCAAGGACGCUAUCUGGAAGCCAACGACGCCAUUUCUUCGGUCUUCGACGGCAGUCCGAGCCUCUACACUAAUUUCACCGGCUUUACCAAUUACUACAAUUACCUCCUUACCAAGGCGCCCGAAGAUCAGGCCUAUUACGUUCCUUUCCUUCAGACAACUCGAGUGCGCAAGUCGAUACACGUCGGGAGCCUCCCCUUUAACGACUCUAGCGACAAGGUGUACAAUGACUUCUAUGCGGAUCAGAUGGUGUCUGCCAAGCCGUUGUUCACCCCUUUGCUGGAGAAGUACAAGGUCCUCCUGUACAGCGGUCAGCUGGAUAUCGUCGUUGCGUACCCCUUCACUGAGAACUUCCUCGCUUCCCUCAAUUGGACCGGGGCAAGUGCUCUCGCGGCUGCCUCCAUACAGGUCUGGAGGACUCCCGGAGGAGGGGACGUCUACGGCUACGUGAGACAGGCGGCCAACUUCACCGAGGUCCUUGUCCGAAACGGAGGGCACAUCCUGCCGUACGACCAACCCGAUGUGGCAUACGAUAUGAUUACAAGGUUCAUAGACGGCAAGCCUUUCGUUUGA